CUCUGUAUUGCUACAAUGAAGUAUUUUGCAUCACGUAUUCACGAUCGAAUCUUCUGUAUAGAUACUACAAUGAACAUAGUACGAAAACUUUGUAAUAUAUCGUCACCGGGAAUUUCUAGAAACUUUUCUGCUUCUUCAACAAAUAAUGCUAGUUUCUCAUGUAAAUUGCUAGUCGUUGGUGGAGGUUCUGGGGGCUGCACUAUUGCAGCCAAAUUUGCCCGGAGACUCAAAAAGGAUGCUGUCAUAGUUCUGGAACCCAGUGGAGAUCACUACUAUCAACCCCUGUUCACGCUAGUUGGCGCUGGUGUGACCAGAGUGUCGGACACGCGUAGAUUAGAACAGAGUGUGUUACCAGCUAAUGCGAAAUGGAUAAGGGAUGCUGCGGAUUGUAUUGACCCAGAAAAGGGGUUUGUGAAGACGAAAGAAGGUCACGUCAUAAAUUACGAGUACAUAGUGAUAGCUGUGGGCUUACAAAAUGAUUAUCGCCAGGUUCCUGGUCUCAGUGAAGCCCUGGAUGAUGAAAACAGCGGUGUGUCAACAAUAUAUGCACCGGAGUACUGCGGGAACACUUGGAGAGACCUGCAGAGGUUCAAGGGUGGGGAUGCUAUAUUUACAUAUCCCGAUUCCUUGAUUAAGUGUCCCGGUGCUCCUCAGAAAAUUGCUUAUUUAGCUGAAUCCUACUUCACCAAGACCAAUGUCCGUUCAAAAUCGAAUGUGACCUUUAACACCUGUCUGCCAGUGAUAUUUGGUGUGAAGAAGUACGCCGAUGCGCUACUGAAGGUCGUGGAACGGAAGCAGAUCAAGGUCAACUACAGAACCGUGCUGAGAGAGGUCCGCCACGACAGGAAGGAGGCUGUGUUCGUCAACGCGGAUGACAAGACGAAGGAAUUCACGACGCAAUACAACAUGCUCCACGUGACGCCGCCAAUGAAGACGCCGGAGUUCCUCCGUAACGCGACGAGCGUCGUCGACCAGGCGGGCUACCUCUGCGUCGACAAGUUCACCCUGCAGCACACCAAGUACCCCAACAUAUACGGCAUCGGCGACUGUACCAACACGCCGAACAGCAAAACCGCCGCCGCUAUAGCGAAACAGUGCUACGUACUAGAGCAGAAUUUAUUAAGUACAAUGAAGAAGGACAACCCUAAGGAAAAGUACAAUGGAUACGGUGCGUGCCCGCUGCUCACCUCCUAUAGCACGUGUAUAUUAGCGGAAUUCAUAUAUGACGGUAUUCCAAGGGAAACUAUAGGUAAAUGCAAAUUGCUGGUGGUCGGCGGUGGGACAGGAGGCUGCAGCAUCGCUUGGAGGUUUUCCCGGAAAAUGAAUAACAAUGAUAUUAUAGUACUGGAGCCUUCUAAGGUGCACUAUUACCAGCCAAUGUUUCCCCUGGUCGCGGCCGGUAUACAACAGUAUGGGCGUUGCGAGAGACCUACAAGGUCUGUGCUGCCGCGGCACGUGAGGUGGCUAGACGAUAGCGCGGAAGACUUCGACCCUUGUAACGGUAUUGUGCACACGAAGACCGGCCACAAAAUACUGUAUAAGUAUAUGGUCAUUGCUGUUGGUCUGAAGAAUGAUUAUAAUAAGAUUCCAGGCCUAGUACAAGCGUUAAACUACCACAACAGUGGUGUAUCCACAAUAUACUCUCCGGCGCACUGUGUUAAAACAUGGUACUGCAUCAGCCGGUUUAAGGGUGGACAUGCAAUCUUCACGUUUCCACGCAGCGGCAGCAAAUGUUCCGGAGCAGCGCAGAAAAUCAUGUACCUAGCUGAUGAUUACUGGAGACAGCAUAACACUCGCCAUUUAGCAAAUAUAACGUACAAUACUGGCGGUAAUGCAAUAUUCGGUGUGGCGAAGUAUGCGGAGGCUUUGUGCAAAGUGGCUGGCUGCAGGAAUAUCACAGUCAAUUGUGGCAGCGACUUAGUCCAGGUGACGGAGGAAGGGGCCGUAUUCGAUGACCAGGCGGGGAAGACCAUAACCCUACCAUACAAUCUGCUGCACGUGACACCCCCGAUGUCGCCGCCGCUGUGCCUGACGCGCUGUAACGAUCUGGUCACAGAGACUGGCUACUUAGAUGUCGACAAGUUCACCCUGCAGCACACCAAGUACCCCAACAUAUACGGCAUCGGCGACUGUACCAACACGCCGAACAGCAAAACCGCCGCCGCUAUAGCUGGUCAAGGGCCUGUUGUAGAGCUUAAUCUACUCAAUACAAUGGAAGGCAAAGUGCCGACGGCUAAGUACAAUGGCUAUGGAGCCUGCCCCAUCCUCACUUCGCACAAUACGGGGAUACUGGCAGAAUUUCUCUACGACAAGAGGUUGUGCGAGACCUUCCCUUUUGAUCAGAGUAAAGAACGCCGGUUAUUCUACUAUAUGAAUAAGCAUUUAUUCCCAUAUCUCUAUUGGAACAGAUUAAUAAAAGGCAAAUGGAAUGGACCAUCGACAAUACGUCAAAUGAUAAAUCCAAAUGGACGAAAAGUUUAGUAUCCAGAAUAAAACAAAUAA